UGAGAGUCCCUUGAGUUUAGCAGUUGUAGGUGUCAUGAGAGUCACCUUAAAAGGGCCCUGCCACUUAGGAGAGAGGGAUGAGGGCCGAUGAUCUGGAGGGGAUAGAAGAACUUGGUCUCUAAUGUUGAUAGGCAAUGGACAAGGACAGUGAGCGGCCGAGGUAGAAGGUGGUCAGCAAAGUUCCAUAGGAGAGAACGAAGAUGGCAAAGCAAUGGGGUAUCAGCCUAGUGGUAAAACUGACCAAAAGUCAUGAACAAAACUACCUCCCCGGAGAAAGGCUGCUUCCUUCCCCUCCCUGUCGUCUCACCAUGAACAUGGUUCAAGACAGCGCCUUCCUGGCCAAGCUGAUGAAGAGUGCCGACACCUUUGAGUUGAAGUACGACUUUUCAUGUGAGCUGUACCGCUUGUCCACAUAUUCAACUUUCCCCACUGGAGUUCCUGUCUCAGAGAGGAGUCUGGCUCGUGCUGGCUUUUACUACACAGGUGUCAAUGACAAGGUCAAGUGCUUCUGCUGUGGCCUGAUGCUGGACAACUGGAAACAAGGGGACAGUCCCAUCGAGAAGCACAGAAAGCUGUAUCCCAGCUGCAGCUUUGUGCAGACCCUGAAUCCAGCCAACAGUCUGGAAGCUAGCCCUCAGCCUCCUCUUCCUUCCACAGCGACAAGCACCAUGCCCUCCGGCUUUGCAACUUCCGAGAGCACUGGCUACUUCAGUGGCUCCUACUCAAGCUUUCCCUCAGACCCUGUGAACUUCCGCGCAAAUCAAGACUGCCCUGCUUUCAGCACAAGUCCCUACCACUUUGCAAUGAACACGGAGAAGGCCAGAUUACUCACCUAUCAAACGUGGCCGUUGUCUUUUCUGUCCCCAGCAGAGCUGGCCAAAGCAGGAUUCUACUACAUAGGGCCUGGAGAUAGAGUGGCCUGCUUUGCGUGUGAUGGGAAACUGAGCAACUGGGAUCGUAAGGAUGAUGCUCUGUCAGAGCACAGGAGACAUUUCCCCAGCUGCCCAUUCUUAAAAGAUGUGGGUCAGUCCACUUCACGAUACACUGUCUCUAACCUGAGCAUGCAGACGCACGCAGCACGUGUUAGAACAUUCUCUACCUGGCCUUCUAGCGCUCUUGUUCAUCCUCAGGAACUUGCAAGUGCAGGCUUUUAUUACACGGGACACAGUGAUGACGUCAAGUGCUUUUGCUGUGAUGGUGGGCUAAGAUGCUGGGAAUCUGGAGACGACCCCUGGGUGGAACACGCCAAGUGGUUUCCAAGGUGUGAGUACUUGAUCAGAAUCAAAGGCCAAGAGUUCGUUAGCCAAGUUCAAGCUGGUUACCCUCAUCUACUUGAGCAGCUAUUAUCUACGUCAGACUCCCCAGAGGAUGAGACUGCAGAGGCAGCAAUUGUGCAUCUGGGCCCUGGAGAGAAUUGGGAAGACGCAGUGAUGAUGAACACACCUGUGGUUAAAGCAGCCUUGGAAAUGGGUUUCAGUAGGAGCCUGGUGAGACAGAUGGUUCAGCGACAGAUCCUGGCCACUGGUGAGAACUACAGGACGGUCAGUGACCUCGUGAUAGGUCUACUGGAUGCAGAAGAUGAGAUGAGAGAGGAGCAGACGGAGCAGGAGGCCGAGGAGGAGGAGUCAGAUGAUCUAACAUUAAUCCGGAAGAACAAAAUGGUGCUUCUUCAACAUUUGACGCCUGUGACACCAAUCCUGGAUUGCCUCCUAAGUGCCAGGGUUAUUACCGAACAGGAGUACGAUGCUGUAAAACAGAAACCACACACCUUGCAGGCAAGGACACUGAUCGAUACUGUAUUAGCGAAAGGAAACACCGCAGCGACCUCAUUCAGAAACUCCCUGCAGGAAAUCGACCCUGGGUUGUACAGAGAUAUAUUUGUGCGACAGAACAUUAGGAGUCUUCCCGCAGAUGACAUUGCAGCUCUACCGAUGGAAGAACAGUUGCGGAAACUCCAGGAAGAGAGAACGUGUAAAGUGUGUAUGGACCGAGAGGUGUCCCUCGUGUUCAUUCCCUGUGGCCAUCUGGUCGUGUGCAAAGAAUGUGCCCCCUCUCUGAGGAAGUGUCCCAUCUGCAGAGGGACCAUCAAGGGCACAGUGCGCACAUUUCUCUCCUGAACAGGACUGAUGGUCCACGGCUGUGACCCCAGCCAGGAGGAGCAGAAGUUCAGUGUCACUCCCAGCUCCAUAAGGAACUUGAGGCCGGCCUGGAUGACAUGAGACACUGCCUCUAAAUAGUGUAAAAAUGAAAAACAUAGGGGAAAAAAAAACCUUUUGUCUAAACUCAAGAAAGAAUGGAUUACUUACAUAAUAAUUUUAAUUGGUUUCCUUAAAAGUGCUAUUUAUUCCCAACUCAGAAAACUGUUUUCAGUAAAGUAUUUUCAUACUAUCUGCAUCUAAAGCAUGUCUGUUUGUAUAUUCAGAUGCCACGAGAGAGGGUUUCAUUCUUAUUCCUGAAAAGCAGGUAUUACCUGCAGUCCUGAAAUUCUCAGAGAAGAUUUACAAUGUUGGCAUUUAUGAUUCAGAAACUAGAAUCUUCUCAAGUUGCUUUAAGAACUGGGAGCACAGAUUUCCAUGUGUUUUAUGUAUAGAAAUUCCUAUUAUUUAUUGGAUGACAUUUUAGGGAUAUGGAACUUUUAUAAAGAAUUCAUGAGGAAAAAUUAAUAAAGCAAUAAAAUUACACUUUUUAAAAAUGA